CGAAGUGUCCGGUGUCAUUUCGAAAUGACGUGCCUUGCGCGUGCAUGCACAAGGUCUGGAGUUCUGAAUCAACGUCGAUCGAACAGGAUUGGGGGCACGAUUAGGCAUGCACCAGACAUCUAUGUUGUUGUGUCAUGCGGAUCGUCCUCCGUCGAAGUCGCUCUCCCUGAGAUGUUCGAACGAGACACUUAUACUCCAAGGCGCUUGGAAACAACGAGGCGAUUGCGGCGCAACUAAAUGAAGCCUCGCGGUUUCCUGCGGGUCAGACCUAGGCUGACAGAUGUGGUUUGAUGAAGUCCGGCUUGGUGCCCGCCUUGUUGUUCUGCGAAGACACUAUGAGGGACCAACGUGUUCAAACACUCUCGACAAAGCCUAAUGUCAGGCUCAACCUGAGCCUCUACGAUGCCUCCCUUCUGAGGGACGAGAUUGCCCUUGGCGUCGCGAUCAGCGACCUUGAAGGCAACCUCGUAAACACAGACAGCGUCAACAGCAUCGUAGAAGAUUUGGCCUCCGUACCUCACCUCCUGGAGUUCGUCUUGUCCGCUGUUGACGACAAAGCUGCUCGCAAGCUGAGCGAGUGUAUUUUUGCCUCCUUUCCUGCAGAUGCGAAAUCUUUCGCGACAUCGCUUGCCGGUCGCCUCAUUGGACGAUUCUCUCUCUUGCUCGUCUUCUUGCAGUUCCCAUCGCCCUCAGCCAAGCCCGAGGAUAUACAUGACAACCAUCACUCUGUCGAGCGUGCGAAACGCGUACUAGAGGUGCUCGCUGAUCCCUCGUUCAACUAUGCUGCCGCCGAGGACCCGGGGCUGGCCGGACGCUCGUCAUCGGGCUCGGUGAAGCAGAAGGGGAGGGGGAAGAAGCACCCUCAAGCACCCUCGUCGAGCAUCAAGGCUGACCUGAAACUGCUCAAUGAGCUCGAUAUCAAGAUUCCGUCGGAUCGCAACGAGACUUUAGCGGUUGUAGCGAGCAUCUUGGACUCUCAAAAACGCAUCCUACAGAGUUACUUGCAAAUCAUCCGGUACCCGCACUUGAAGGAGACGAUCAAGGGGACGUAUAUCAUGCGUGACGUCUCAGCAGCAACACCAUCGCAACGUGUCGAAGGAAGUAUUGAAAUGGAGGAAACUGCCUCCGCAUAUCCUUUCGUUCAGCCUCUGAAAGCUGCGCUGUAUUUCGACAGCGCCGAAGGUUUCGGCGAUUGGACAAUCUUGAUUUCUACGAGUGCCCAAGCAGAUCUGCGACAAAUGCGGAAGAAGUCUGAAGUUCUCUUCAAUAUCACUUUGAAGAAGAUCAAGGAGCUAUCAGAAGGAUAUUUCUCUUCGGACAAUCAUAAGAAAUUGACGGUCAAUGCGGAUAUCCCGAUCUACGAAGCAAAGAUGACCGACGAUUCUCGUUUAGUCUACCAGAUCGACUGUGUCCAAGAAUUUGAGACCAGCGUCGAGCGACAAGCUAUCAGAAUUUUCGGUAUUUACACGCAUGCUCAAAUCGACAGGCGGCAAUGGGAUACGCUCGGCAACCAGCUAGGGCGACAGGGUAAAGAGUAUCAGAAACGAUGUACUUUCCGCAAUCGGCCGACGCAAGGUCGCGGGCACGCUCGUGCCACCCUACCCGCGUCUUGGCCCGCGCAAGUGGAGGUUGAGCUUGCCGCGCCGCAAUCAACUCUUCCUGAAUUACAUAAAGACGACCUCGAGAAGGUGCACGAGAUGCUCGUCCUUCGGAAAUAUGUUUCAUUUUCCCAAGCACUAUUGAAUAGUAUCCUGGCUGAUCAAGAUGCCACUCACGUCUUCCAAGUUUCGUCUCAAGAGAUGGCAAUAAUCGAACACACUCGGUCUUGCUAUGUGCUCGGUAGGAGUGGUACUGGCAAGACAACUACGAUGUUGUACAAGAUGCUUGGGAUAGAGCACAGCUGGCGGUCGUGUGAUGGCGCUUUGGGUCGGCCUCGCCAACUCUUCGUCACACAAUCAAGGGUCCUUGCUGAGAAAGUGCAAGAACAUUUCAUGGGCCUGCAUAGUUCUAUCUUGACUGCCAACAAGUCAGUCGGCGAGCUGCGAGCCAUGGCGUCAACCAAGCAAAUGCGGCAGGACCAAGGUCUCGUCAACUUAGAUGAGGAACUGCAUUUCCGAGGUGACCUGCCUCAACGAUACAGUGAACUGACGGACGAACACUUCCCGAUGUUUGUUACAUUUGAUCAACUGUGUCGCCUGUUAGAGGCCGACUUCCCGCGUUCAUCCUCGUCGCAGGCACAAUCUCUGCUCCAGGAUGUAGAUCAUAUGAGCGCGGACGCAGGAGCCGAAGUCAUAUCGAAUGACUAUAUGCAGCGACGCAACUCGUUCGUUUCAUAUGACCAAUUUCUGCAGUCGUAUUGGGCACAUUUCCCACAACCACUGACCAAAGGUCUAGACCCUGCAUUGGUGUUCGCGGAAAUCAUGGGCGUCAUCAAGGGUUCGGAGCAGAGCUUGAAACCCAAAGACAGCUAUCUGGACAGGGAGUCGUACUGCAACCUCAGCCGUCGAACACAAGCGACAUUUGCGUAUCAGCGAGACGUGAUCUAUGAUCUGUUCAAUGCAUACUUGGAGCGCAAGCGUCGUCGAGGUGAAUAUGAUGCAGCGGACCGGACACAUCGCCUGUUGAAGGCUUUACAGACAUACGGCUUGCCCGGCAAACAUAUCGACUUCUUAUACGUAGAUGAAGCGCAAGAUAACAUGCUCAUUGAUGCUCUCCUUCUGCGCUCUUUGAGUCGCAAUGCAGAUAGUGGCCUGUUCUGGGCAGGAGAUACGGCACAAACCAUUUCUAUGGGUAGUGCAUUCCGCUUCAACGAUCUCAAGGCAUUCCUGCAUCGUGUGGAGCUGAGUGGUGAACAUCCCACCACUAGAGCCCAGCCUGAGCCUCGCACGUUCAACUUGGCUGUCAACUACAGAUCUCACGCAGGCAUCGUUGAUUGCGCCCAUUCAAUCGUCGAAUUGAUGACUAUGUUCUGGCCCCAUGCUAUCGACCGUUUAGCUCAAGAGCGUGGUAAAGUAGAGGGAGAGAAGCCUGUGUUUCUCAGUGGAUGGGACGAGGACACUGUUCGUUACGAACAAUUCCUGUUCGGUGAUUCCGGAGCCCAUAUAGAGUUUGGCGCGCAACAAUGCAUCCUGGUCCGUGACGAUGCCGCUCGAGAUAGACUUCGUGCGCAAGUGGGUGAUAUAGGCCUCAUACUGACACUGUACGAGAGCAAGGGGCUCGAGUUCAACGACGUUUUACUCUAUAACUUUUUCUCGGACUCCACAGUCGAGCAAUCCCAAUGGCGAGUCAUCCUCAACGCACUUUCUGACUCGGAUGAUGCGGCUGCAACAGUCAAAGCACCACAUUUCGAUGAAACGCGCCACAACGGAGUCUGUCGAGAUCUCAAAUUUCUGUACGUCGCAAUCACGAGAGCCCGCAAUCAUCUGUGGAUCGCGGACAAAUCGGAAAAAUCUGAACCGAUGCGACACUUCUGGACUGUGAAAGGGCACAUACGAAAUCAUACUCCAUCCGAUCCUGACAUCCCACGACUGGCAACAUCGUCAACGCCGGAAGAAUGGGCAAAUACUGCCUGUACGCUUUUCAGCAACAGGCGAUACCUACAAGCAAUGCAUUGCUACGAGCGUGCCAAGCUCGUUAGAGAGCGUGCAGCGGCCGAGGCGUACUACCUCGAAGAGAAGGCUCGCGCAGCUCACGCGAUCACGCGAGCGGAUAACGCUGCUCGAGCGCUGGCUUUCACGAAGGCGGCUGAAGCCUUUUGGAGGUCGGGGCUUGAUGCCGUGAAAGAAAAGCAGACAUACUUCCGAAAGUGUGCGGAAUGUUACGUGCAAGGCAAUGAUCUGGCCAGAGCAGCACGUGCUUACGUCCUUGCGGAGAAUUUCACCCUCGCCGUCAAACUGUAUCGCAAAGCUGGGUUGUUUGAUGAAGCGGUCGCGGUCAUCGAAAGCCACGGCGACUUCAUCGAGCCCGAUGUUGUACGGUCUGUCACAGAUGUGUCGCGUCUCGAGUAUCUGAGGAAGCGUAACGUGAAACAGGCAAGAUCAUUGUUUAGUUCCGACGAAGAGGCUCUGAACUACAUGGAUGAACGUGGGCUGGAUAUCGCUCGAGCGAUGCUCCUGGAGCAACUCGGGCGUUUGACGGACGCAGCCCAGGUUCACUUGGACGAGGGCCGAACGACAGACGCCAUCUCAUUGCUUCUUCAAGACCGCGGUAACCCAGAAGCUACUCAAAGAGCUGCAAUUUCUUUGCUGGAUGGACUGCGAUGCCGACUCCCCUUUGGAAUCACGCCAGGUUCCGAAAGCGCGAAAUCGGACGUCGUGUUGCAGGAGCUGCAGCGUAUCCUUAACUCGCAAGGCGUGGAGGUAGCCAACGUCGACGACGUUGUCCGCGACGAACUGCUCAUGUUCCAAGCGAUCAUAUCGAAUGAUGUGCCGAGGCUUUUUGAGUUGAGCGAGCAAUUCCGUCGGUUUCAUAAAGAUGUGGCUUCGGCGUUGAGGUGUCUCGACCACGCCUUCAUGACCAUGCCUAACCUUCGAGAUGCACGCCUGCCAUUGAUCGCAGACACUCUACAUCACUUCUCCGUAUACGUGGACCUACUGCACAUCUUGGCGGCGAUCCCAGAUCUCUCCGACGAGGAAGGCAUUCAGAGGCUGUUCGCUUUCAAGGCCGCCAGCGAGGAUUUCUUCCUCAUACCAUGCAACACCUUCCUCCAUGGCCGCCGAUGGUCUCAAGGGUUUAGACAGAGCGAUCAGGGAGUAUUGGUGCUGAAACACGAUCUGAACAGAUUCCUGCGACACAGCCUGCAAGAACGGCUAUACACGAAGAUUCGUGAAGAGAACGAAUUGUGUCACCAGACGCGCGCCUUCCAAAUCUGCCUACCGUUCUUCGCUUUUGGUAGAUGCAACCGGGAGUGUCCUCAAGAGCAUGUGAUUGCGAACGAGUACACCAUGGAUCAAUACAACCUGCGCAUCCGGAUCAUUUUACAGCAGAUUUUGAUCUACAACUCGGCACAUGCUGUCGAGGUCCGUUCUGUGCAAUCGCGGCAACACAGGUUUUGGCUACGUCAACUACACGAGGCAUUGAACCCUCCUUUCUUCAAAAUGGGGACGGUAUGCAGCUUGCAACCGCUCAUGAUACCAGAGUACAAUGUCGCCAUCCAAGUCGUCAGAACGUGGAUUCUUGACUGGCUCUACGAUCUCUGGCCGCACGGCAGCCGUGAUGAUCUCGUGCCAACUUUCCUUACCGCAUUGAUGAGAACGAUCUCACUCGGGAUGACCUUCAAUCCUGACGUGUUGCUAUAUAACCUGCCUCAGGUAUCUGUUGCUACAUGUCGACCCAAAGCGCUCGUGCGCGGCAACACAGAAAUGAAGUCCGAUGCAUACGUGGUUCAGGACCUCGAGCGAUACGUCCACACCAUGCAUCCGGCCUCACUUGCAAGUGGUAUUCUGUUCAUCAACCAUGUGCUCGUCAACCGGCUGUCCGUGGACAUCGUUGUGCUUUGUGAAUUCAUGGACAACCUUGCUGGGCUGCUCAUAGUGGCAUCUCGAUUGAGCGACGCAAACACUCUUCACGAUCUCACUAUGCCCCGAAGCUGGCUCCAGCGAGUUCUUCCUAGUCUAUCGCAAUUGAAGAAUCAGCGCACGAAUCUGAUCCGCUCAUACAUGGAGCCUAUGGCCGACUUACUGGACCAAAUAUACACUACUGUCGAUGCUGGGCAUCUCCUUUUUGAAAGUCGUGACCUCUCGAAACUCGGUUGGCACGUGAGAAAUGUCUUCCUAGCGAGAAUCUGCAGGAAUCUCUGCCUCCUCGGUUACAAUUCCCGCUACACAUGGCUCCGAAAAGAUAUCCACCGUACAAUCACCUCGCUUCGUCGCCCCGGCCGGGAUUUCAACCGCAUCUAUCAACACUACGUCGAUGCGCUCAAUUGGGAUGCUCUUGCGAAGGAGGUUCGCGGAUAUUCUACAUCGGGGUCUCCGUUCGAUGAGAUGGUCCAGCUCUACCACGCAAAGCUGGGACGGCCUCAGUUACCACCGCGACUGAACGUGCGGCGUGUCAUCUACAACGACGCGAGGGAGAUCCCAACUCUGCUAGGCUAUGGCGCGGACACAGCUUCGUAUACCACUCCCGGCCUACACAGAGAUGUCGCGCCUUUUAUUGCUCAGCGUGCAGACGGGCCCCCCAGGGCGGUUGAUUCUCUUGCCACUGCCGUGGAACACGAGCACGACGACAACUUACCAGAGGCAAAUGUAGAUCAAGACUCCGACACUGCGCCUCCCGUAGUCAAUCUUGAUGACGAAUCGUUCGCUUUCGCAGCACCGGACCCCGCUGCCGCGCAGCUGGCACAGGAGAAGCUCGAUGCAGCCCGAGUGCUCGCCAACGCCUAUCUCCGUGCGCGCCGCAGGAAAAAGGGCGCGUUCACGACACCGGCCACUACGAUUCACCUCCGCUUCGCCACUGCCUACCGCUUGACGUACACGUACAAGUGGGUUGAGUCAAUGGAGAAGCCGCAGCGACUGUACCGUCUGUUGCUGCUGGUACCGCUGCCGCACAGCAUGGUCUUCCUAGAGCUUGCGCGCAACCACCUGCAUGACACGAAGAACCGCUUGGAAAAGCUUCUCAAGAACGUCCAACAUUCGGGGCUCGAGAAGGUCAGUGGCGAGAUAACGCAAUGCAACGACCAGCUCAAGGAAGCUACACGUCUGAUUAAAGCCCUACAACCUGGCGCCAGCAUGCACGAGAGACGGGACAGAGAGGAACUCAGGGCCUGUAUGCGUGACGUGGAACAGCUCGCGCGGAGUCUGCCGUCAGGCGUGACUGCCGGUUGGGACUUCUACCUAAAGACCGCCGUCGAUGGUAUACUCAAGCAGAAGCCGCAGCCCAUGAAGAAGCCCAAGCCUGAGCUGAACAUGGCCGACGAGAACAUGGUUGACUAUGCCGACGGCUCCGUCACCGCGCGUAUCCUCCAACCGGACGUGCUCCUGAGCAACGGUGUCGCCCACAUCAUCGACCAGGUCCUAGUAGACACCCAGGAGGACGCCAGCGCUGCCAGCUCCGCGGCCGCGUCGGCGACGUCUGAGGCUGCACAGAGCACGACGGAGACGCGUCCGAUUGGGUACUCGCAGACGGCGACGCUCGCGUCGGGCGCGUCGGGCUCGAGCUCGUCUUUAAGCAGCUCGGCUGGUAUCGCGAUGCGCGGACCUAGCACGAGCCAGAUUCUCGCCUUUGGAUACACCGCUGUCGCUCUCGGCGUGGGUGCCUUCGUUGUCCUGGCUUGAGCGGAUCAGGAUUGCGAACAGAAUUUCACGCGUUAAUGGACGGCGUCUUGUUCUUGACUCGGAUGAGCAUGAACAGAUACGGGGACUUUAUUUGUUUUGUAGGAAUGGGUUGAACAGGUUGUGGUUUUGUAUUAUCGUAGCAAUAUGUAGCAUUCAAUCAGUGACGCAUCAUUUACGGACCAUGCGACGCGAUACGUGCAGAUUUUUGGAGUC